AUGCGCUUGAUCAGAGCUUCUUCCAUAAACAACAAUCCUCCCAAUAUAGAGCUCGUCGACUUCAACCCCGAUCAACUCCCCCGGUAUGCAAUCCUCUCGCACACGUGGGGUGACGACGAAGUCGUCUACGCCGACAUUAGAAACCAGAAUGCCGCAACCAAGAGCACCUUCUCAAAAGUCCGCUACAGCUGUAUCCAGACUCUGGCAGAUGACCUCGAGUACGUCUGGAUCGACUCGUGCUGCAUCGAUAAGAGCAGCAGCGCCGAGCUCUCCGAGGCUAUCAACUCCAUGUACGAGUGGUACAUGAAGUCGGAAAUCUGCUAUACCUACCUCUCGGGCGUGCCUUCCACCGUCGACCCGGUCAAGACGGACGGCGUGUUUGCGUCGUGCAGAUGGUUCACGCGAGGUUGGACGCUCCAGGAGCUCCUGGCCCCGGCAGAAAUGGUCUUCUACUCUGAGGAUUGGGUCAAAGUCGGGGUGAAGACUGCGCUGAGCCGGCCGCUGUCCGUGAUUACGGGUAUCGACGAAGACAUACUCACGGGUCUGAAGCCACUAGAGUCGGCCAGCCUGGCCAAGAGGAUGUCAUGGGCGGCGCACCGACAGACGACGAGGCCGGAAGACGUGGCGUACUGCCUGAUGGGGCUGUUCGGCGUCAACAUGCCGAUGCUCUACGGUGAAGGCGACAGAGCCUUCCUCCGGCUCCAGGAGGAGAUUAUGAAGCAGUCCGACGACCAGUCCCUCUUCGCGUGGGUCGACCUAUCGGCGUCGACCGAGACGUACCACGGGCUGCUGGCCAAGUCGCCCUCCAACUUUGCCUAUUCCAACACCAUUAUGCCCUAUCAGGACUGGGAGCCGCGACCGCCGUAUUUUAUGAGCAACCGCGGCCUGCGCAUCGAUCUGCCCCUGACGCUGCGGGGCGAGGACAUCUUCGUUGCCGCUUUGGAUUGUCCGGCGCCGCCAGACUACGAGGACUCGACUUUUCUGGCGAUUUAUCUCAAGAAGAUUUCGAGCGGAGGAGAUCAGCAGUUUGCCCGGGUGCGGGUCAACCAGUUUGCAAAAGUUCAGGAGCGAGGUAAUCGACAGACGCUCUAUGUGAGGCAGACGUUCAACGGCGUCGUUGAUGCCGAGGGAGUGUUCCCCCAACACAUAAUCCAACUUCGAAAGGGGCCACCGCGGGACCAGUAUUCCGUCCUCAGUAUUGUGAAAUCCAAGGAGCACGACAGAGAUCGGCCGAUGGCCUGCACGUCGAGCCGAGGCACGGGAAGAGACUUGAUACACACUACGACCGGGAAGACGAUAGCCUUUCGUAACCCAAAAGCAGCGGGCCAGCUUGCCGGGGCGGUCACGUUUGCGCGGCUAGACGGGUCGAGGCUGCUCGUCAUGUUCGGCUCGACCGACGGCAUCAGGGCCGGGUUCCACGCUCGGGAGCUGCCGCCUCGUUUCCCGGGCAUGAACCAGACGGCGAGAAACCAGGAGCCGCCGGAAGCUCCUCUCGAGUUUGACGAUUUGCAGAGCAUCUUCCGGCCGAGCCGGGCGGGCGUCGACGUCGAGCUGGAGCGGUUCAGGGUGCGUGUCGAUGUCGAGACGGUGAUUGCGAAUGCGAGCAAGUAUCUGAUGGCCGAUGUGCUCAUCGAGCCUGUGAAUCGGCCGUGGGACCCCUUUGAGCCGCUGGAUGCGGCGAUUGGGUGGUAUGAAGGCGCGACGGGUCGGCAGAAUAGAGGAGAGGCUGCUCAAGCGGCGCAAGCUACUCACGGGAAAACGAAGAGAGCUUCUGGUUGGAGGAGGUUGAUAUCGUGA